CAACAACAAGCAGGGUAAGCAAGAACAAAAGUCUUAUUCGCAGCGUAGAUAGCUGCAAAUAACGUUCUUUCUGGCACCCUCGAGUUUUAAAUUGUGGCGGUUGGCAGUCACCAAGUAGGCUUGAAGUAGGCACACCUGAUUAGCCUUAUUUCACCUAGAUCGUGAGCCGAUUGCCUGUUCAGACAAACUCCAGCUUAUUUUUCUAGCUGAUUUGAAGAGAAGACGUAACGACCCUAAUGUUUUUUCUUGUAGACUUGAAAUUAUGGCUGAUUCUCAAGAGACAGCAUUUAGUGAUCAUUCUGGACCUAUAUCUUUAGAUGGUGAGGAUGAUACAACGCCGGCACCUGAAAAUGGAAGACUGUUUUCAUCGGCUACAGUUGGUUCAGAUUUUCCCCAUGUACGCCCAAGACCAUUGUAUGUGGACAGUGGUCUCCGUUCCAUUCAAGAACUUCCUGAGGCUUAUCGCUCUAUGUUUAAAGACUAUCCUUGCUUUAAUCGUGUCCAGUCUAUGGUCAUGGAUGAUGUACUUUAUUCUGCUGAGCCACUAGUUGUAACUGCUCCGACUGGUUCAGGGAAAACAGUGCUAUUUGAGUUGGCAAUAAUACAGUUGCUCAUGUCUUAUGAAAAGGCCUCUAUAAAUAAUGAUUUUAAGAUUGUCUAUAUGGCUCCUGUCAAAGCUCUUUGCUCUGAAAAGCUGCAUGAUUGGGCAAGAAAGUUCUCUCGGUUAAAUAUCAACUGUAUUGAAGUAACUGGAGACUCUGAUGUAGCAGAUCUCAACCAUCUCAAUAGGCAUCACAUUGUACUAACUACACCUGAGAAAUGGGACUCUCUAACACGUCGUUGGCGAGAUCACUCUGCUUUAAUGAAAACUGUCAGACUGUUUUUGAUUGAUGAGGUACACAUCUUAAAUGAAGAAAGCAGAGGACCAACUUUAGAGGCUGUUGUAAGUCGAAUGAAGAUGUUGCAACAGCAGCAACGCUCUGACAAUCAUUCAUUGCCUACCCUUAGAUUCAUUGCGGUUUCUGCCACUAUUCCCAAUGUAGAAGAUCUUGCUCAGUGGCUUGGGACUCAUGAAAAGCCAGCAAAAUAUUUUAGAAUGGAGGAAUCAAUGCGACCAGUCCAAUUGAAGAAAGUAGUGAAAGGGUAUGACUCAAACUUUGGUGGUUUUAUGUUUGAUGUUCAUCUCAGUUAUAAACUUAAGCAAGUCAUAAGCCAGUAUUCAGAUGGAAAACCAACUUUGGUCUUUUGUAGCACACGCAAAAGUGUGUUAGCUACUGCACAGGUGCUAUCUAAAAUGAUAACAUUCAGUUUUACUGACAGUCAGAAAGAAGCACUCGCUAGAAUAUGCAGUCAGAUAGUUGACAACAAAAUACGCGAAUUGGCGAAGGUAGGGAUCGGCUGCCAUCAUGCGGGCCUGACCAUGACGGACCGCAAUCUCCUUGAGACAGCUUUCCGCGACAGCCUUAUCCCCGUCCUCAUGGCGACGUCCACACUCGCGAUGGGCGUGAACCUCCCCGCCCACCUGGUGGUCAUCAAGAGCACCCAGUACUACGGCAACGGCGGCUACCAGGACUACUCGGACAGUCAGCUGCUGCAGAUGAUCGGGCGCGCCGGCCGGCCGCAGUUCGACACGUCGGCCGUCGCAGUCAUCAUGACCAAGUCGUCGUGCGAGCAAAAGUACGUGCGGCUGACGGCGGGCACGGAGCCCAUCCAGAGCUCGCUGCACCGCCACCUCGUGGAGUACCUCAACGCCGAGGUGGUGCUGGGCACGGUGAGGGACAUCCCCGGCGCCGUGGACUGGAUGCGCUCCACCUUCCUGUUCGUGCGUGCCAACAGGCACCCCAAGCAGUACGGGCUGUCGGACCUGUGCGCGGGCAGCGCCGUCAAGAUCAACGCCAAGCUGCAGGUACUUCGGCCAGGACAAGUAUAG